UAAAUGUCAAAAGAAUUUAUUUACAUGAUUUGUCUACAAAUUUACAUACAAAUAUAAAAUAUAAAACUAGACAAAAAAGCAAUAAUUAACAACAAACUAGAACUAGAGUAUAUUAUUAUUAUAAAACAAAGUUUAGUCAAAUGGAAGUAAAACAAGAAGUUAAUGAAAAUACUUGUAAAGUAGAAAUAGAUAAUAAUGGGGUAUGUGAUGUUCCUUUGGAUACUCUCAAAGUUGAAAUUAAAGAGAAAGAGGAAACAGUUGGUUAUUUAGACUUAAAGGAAUGCCAUUUAAAGACAGAAAUCGAAGAUAUACCACUUACAGAAAGACAAACAAAGGAAGAAGGUCUGUCGUGCGAGGAUAUAAAAACUGAUGCCAUUGAUGUAUUUAAAGAACACGAUGUUACUGCCACUACAAAUAUAAACAUUGGAGAAAAGAUUUGGCCAUGUAAAAUUUGCUCUAAACACUAUACAACAAAGGAAAUUUUAAAAAUACAUUUGAGAUCGCACACUGGCGAAAAACCUUACAAGUGUGAAAUUUGUACCAGAAAAUUUACAACCAGUUCCAAACUAAGUGAACAUGUGCGAAGGCACACUGGAGAUAAACAAUUUGUAUGUGAAGUAUGCAGUAGGCAGUUUUUACUAAAUUAUCAAUUAAAAAUACAUAUGAGAGUACACACUGCAGAUAAGCCUUUCAAAUGUGAAGUUUGCACUAAACAGUAUACAACAAAUUCCCAUCUAAAAGAACAUAUGAAAAUACACACUGAAGAAAAUACAUUUACAUGUGAAAUCUGCCUCAGACAGUUUCCACUAAUCCGUCGAUUAAAGGAACAUUUGAAAAUUCACACUGGAGAAAAUAUUUUCACAUGUGAAAUUUGCCAUAAACAGUUUCCACGAAACUCUAAAUUAAAAGAGCAUCUGAGAAGACACGCAGGAGAAAAACGUUUCACAUGUGAAGUUUGCACUAAACACUUUAUUACAACUUCCCAACUAAAACAACAUCUGAAAAUGCAUACUGGGGAAAAACCUUUUACAUGCGAUAUUUGCGCAAACAAGUUUGCAAAUGCCUUUAAUCUAAAAACGCACAUGAGGGUACACACUGGGGAAAAACCAUUUCAAUGUGAAAUUUGCAACAGACAGUUUUCACAAAACCACCAAUUAAAAAUACAUAUGAGAUUACAUACUGGAGAAAAAUCUUCCACAUGUGAGAUUUGCAAUAAACAGUUUCCACGAAAUUCUCAGCUAAAAGAACAUAUAAGAAUACACACCGGGGAAAAACCUUUUGCGUGUGAUAUUUGCACAAAAAAGUUUUCACGGACUUCCAAUUUAAAAACUCAUAUGAAAAUACACACUGGAAAAACAUAAUAUUUAUUUAUUUUACUGUGAAAUUUACUCUAAUAUCUGUGCUUAAAGCGAGUUAAGUCCAAAAAUGGUCGAAAUUAGCCAAUGCACUGACUGCAUGUUAGAAUUUGAUAUCUACAUGUCCGUAUAAUUUGUCAAGUCGAAUUCCGUUCCUAAACUGAGAUAUUCAUUUUUGUACAAGUGAAAAACAAUCAAUACUAAUUGUGUAAAGCGUGUUAAUUCCUGAACUUGACAUAUCACUCUUUACACUAAACAUUAUUUCAGAUAUAGGAAGACUCAGAAGUCCAACAAUUUUUUGACUUAACUAUGACUUAACACACUGUGCACUAAUAAGUUAUUACGUCGACUUUCUAUAACUGAAGAAGAAAGGAAUAAAAUAAAUCAUUUUUAAUUGAAAUACCAGCUUAUGAAAGCCACUACUCAAGACGAGAUUGUGGAAAAAAAUUUAUUUCUCCACAUUUGACGUUAGGGCCACUAUAUGAAGAAUACAAGCAGUCCUAUCUGAAAGCAGUUUAAAACCGGUAAGCUACACUCCUGGCCAAAAAAAUGGGGACACCCUAAAAAUGGGUCAUUUUUGAUGUCUCGAAUCUCCUAAACCUGUUGUCCGAUUUUAGUGAUUUUUUAAAAUGUUAUAGCCUUAUUCUGUAAGAAUAUGGAUGUAGUAAUAGUGUUUGCUGAACAGGUAAAUGUCAU